AUUUCCGCCUGGGGAAGUUUCCUGCGUUUGGAUACAUUGGGUUUCGUUUCGGGGACUUUCCUCCCGGGACCCCCUCCCGGAGAUUCCCCCGGUCCCCAGCCCCUGGGGGGGGCGGGGUGGACGGACAGCCCUGCGGAGAUUCUCCCCAAACAAACGCACCCAACCACCCUUCCUGGCCGUGGGCUCCGGGCGGAGAUGUCUGAUGCCGGGCCGGGAGCACCGGACGCCGGGCUCCCCUCCGAGAAUCUGUACGUGAUCGUCGACUGCAGCUCGGAGCUUCUCAAUCUGCUGAGUGUGAACUCAGCACAGCCUGAGUCUGGGAUUGUCGCUGACAUUGAUGUCAGCGAGUUACUGUGUCCGAAAAGCUCCGAGAGUUACUACGAAAUAAAAAGCCAGCCCAUCACCGACAGCGCCAGCUCUGCCUCUCAGCCAGUCAAAGCGAAACAGGCCGUGGCCGCUCCCACCAUGUCGUCCCGGGUGCUGCUCAGGCAACAGCUGAUGCGCGAGCAGGCGCAGGAGCAGGAGAGGAAGGAGCAGCAGGCAGCCGCUCGACUCCAGCAAGAGCGGGCCCCUGCCAGCUUCUCCCAUGCCAUCGACGUCAACGGGCCCUUGGCGCUGCCAGCCAAGGCCCAGGUCCCUAUGGAGAUCUUGAAGGUGCAGACCCACCUGGAGAACCCCACCAGGUACCACAUUCAGCAGUCCCAGCGCCAGCAGGUCAAGCAGUAUCUGUCCACCACCAUGGGGGCGAAGGCUGCCAGCCCGGUCCUGGCCGGCUCGCACUCCCCCGGACCUGGGGCGGUGGGCAGCACCCCGAACAGCCCCAUGGCCCUGCUCAAAAUCGAUGCCAACCCAGAGAAGGAGAUGGACGACGUCAUUGACGAGAUCAUCAGCUUGGAAUCGAGUUACAAUGACGACAUGAUGGGAUUGGCCAAACCGGUCCUCCAGAUGCCCAAUACCCUGCCAGUGUCCAGGAACCUGCUGAGCAUCUACACCACUCAAAACGCGACAAAUGCAACAGUUACCAUCAGCAACUCAUGCCCGGCCAAUUUACCGAACAGCAAAGAGAGCCCAGAUGCCAAUGUCAAAGCUUUAAUUAAAGAGAGGCAGAAGAAAGACAAUCAUAACCUGAUCGAGAGGAGACGAAGAUUCAACAUCAAUGAUCGGAUCAAAGAGCUUGGUGCUAUGAUCCCAAAAUCCAAUGAUCCGGAGGCUCGCUGGAACAAAGGGACCAUACUCAAGGCAUCUGUGGAUUACAUCCGGAAGCUCCAGAAGGAGAGCAACCGUUCGAAAGAGCUGGAGAUCCGGCAGAAGAAGUUGGAGCAGGCGAACCGCAUCCUGCUGCUCCGAAUACAGGAAUUGGAGAUCCAGGCCCGUGUCCACGGUCUCUCGCUGAGCUCCCCCUCGGGCCUGAACACUGCCCAGCUGGCCGCCCAGGUCAUCAAGCAGGAGCCGCAGAGCAGCCAGGCCACUGUUGAUCCCCCAGCACUUGCCAGCAUCCCCGAAGCAGCGGGUCCAAGCAUGGACCUGGGCCUGGACCUGGGCCUGGGUAUGACAGACCAGCCGCUUGGCUUCGACUCCCUCGCGGAUUUGCCCUUCCCACUGAAGCUGGACUCUGGCCUGGGCGACAUCCUAAUGGACGACUCGCUGUCCCCAGUUGGAGCCACGGACCCUCUGCUGUCUUCAGUGUCUCCCGGAGCCUCAAAAGGCAGCAGUCGACGGGGUAGCAUCUGUAUGGAGGAAGAGCUGGGCUGUUAGAGAGACUCAGACCCCACCAACUCAGCACAAUCAACGACCUUCUAGUAACUUCUCAAGAAGUCAGCAAUCUUCUAGAAUUUUUCAGACGCAGCCUUCUUCCAAUUCAACAACCUUCUAGAAAUUUCUGCAUGUGUUGACCUUAGAGACACCCCCAGACAUGCCAACACUCUUCUAGAAACAUCUAAAUUCUUCAGAAAUCCUUCCAGAAGGCUCUAGACAUGUCAGAAACUUCUUAGGAACUUCUAGGGGUGUCAGAAGCACCCGGGCAGCCCUCUGGAAGCUUCCGGAAAUGUCAGCAAUCUUCUAGCAGUGUCUGGAAACAUCUGGGCGCGUGGCUAGCCUUCGAAAGACUUCACAAACCAUCAACUCUGUUCAAAAAAAAAGCUUCCUCUGUUUUUAUUUUUUUAGAUGUUUAAUUUCUGUUUUAUUUUACUUUCAUUUUAGUGAACUCGAAUCUCUGGCAAGUCCGGAAUUAUGCCCGAAAUUUAACAAACUUGAGGAUCCCUUGCCGAGGGUCCCCUUGGGUCUUUUAAAGGGACAGUGCGCUUUUGUGAUUAUUCAUUUAUAAUUUCUUUGGCCAGUGCAGUUCGGGGAAAGGCCGUCGCUAUGGCCCGUUUCCUUUUCUUCAGCAGGGCUUUGUUUGGUCCUUUCUUGGUCCUGUCUCCAUCCACCCCGUUCCUAAACAGAGCGGCCCAAGCCGCGUGUCCUCUGCCUGUGCAGUGCUCGCUGUGACCAUUAACAGGAGCAAGAAAAGUCGCCACCAACUCUGUUCCACUAAUCGGGGGAAAAAGCAGCACCACUCAUCUGAUUGAGGCCUCAACGCCAUCUUCCCAGAAUCCUUGACUCUUCGGUCAAAAAUCUAUCUAACUCAGCCUUGAAUAUACUUAUUGACCCAGAUGUGAACACUCUGUGGGACAAAAUUCGUCCAGAGAUGAAAUUCCUCUUAGUUUUUGUCUUAAAUGGGAGACCCCUUAUUCUGAAACCGUGCUUCCUCAUUUUAGACAUCUCCCACGCAAGGGCAAGGGAGAGCAUUGCUGUCGCUCUCAGUCUCGGCCUCUUUUCCCCCGCCUCCCCCUCCAGGACUUGAAAUGUUUCAAUGCGAUCACCUCUCAUUCUUCUCAACAGCCCGACCUGCUCACCCUUUCAUGAUCAGCCAAAUGAACCUCGUCUGAACUGCGUCCAGUCCAAGUGUGUGUCCCCCCCCCUUGAGUAAGGUGACCGGAAAUGUGUUGAUAUAUCCAAGAGCUGGAGGGACUUGCAGGUGGAUGAGGGGGAAACUGGCUGGAAUUUGUAGCUCUGCUUGGGUUAAGCAUCUCUGGGCUGGAGGGGAUGGGGCAACAAUGGGAGAGAAACUCUUCUCUGUUAAACACCAGAGGGUGGCUAAUGAACUGGGCCAGUGGACUGAAGCUAUGCCAGCAUGUACGUUGCAGAGAUCAUAUAGUAACAGCACAAGCUCAAUGAGCAAAGUAUCAUUUUCACCAUGCCAGUGUUGCAGAAUGGUCGGUAUUUGUUUAACAGAUCUGUACAAUAAAAUUUUAUACUCAGACUA